AUGCCCCAAAAUGAAGACGAUCAAUCCAACUCAAUUCAUUCCACUGCUACUGAAAUUUCAAAUACAAGAGAUAUUGGCAACUAUGUAGGUUUUAAAUUUAAUAAAAUAAAAAACGACGAACUUUAUGAUAUUCUACGUGAUCCGUGGAUUCCACAUGAAAAUUUUAUUUUUCCUCUAAUUUCUCAAGGAGAUAAAAAUCGUUCCUUUAAACUUCACUGGAUAAAUGAGUAUCCCUGGUUGUCUUAUAGCCAAAAACUCGGAGGAGCUUUUUGUAGAAUAUGUGUUUUAUUUGGAAGCGAUGAGGGAGGUCGUAGUCGUGUAAAACUAGGAAAAUUAGUUACAAUACCAUUAUCUCUUUACAAAAAAGCAAAAGAAAAUUUUAAGGCCCAUAAAAAUAAUGACUACCAUAAGAAUUGUGUUUUUAAAUCUGAUAAUUUCAUAAGUGUUAUGAAUGGAAAAAUACAAAAUAUAGAAACAACAUUAGACACUGCUAUGACACGUAAAGUUGAACAAAAUAGGCAAAAAUUAAUCCCUAUUAUUGAAACCAUACUAUUUUGUGGCCUACAAAAUAUAUCCUUACGCGGUCAUAGAGAUGAUGGUUCUAUAAAUUCUGUUGAUGACAAUAUCAAAAAUCAAAAAGGAAAUUUUAAGGCUUUAUUAGAAUUUCGUAUUAAUGCUGGAGAUCAAAUUCUAAAAGAGCAUUUCAAAUCUGCAACAAAAAAUACUACCUAUAUUAGUAAGACGACGCAAAAUGAUUUAAUUGAUUGCUGCGGAAAUGUUAUAAGUGAUAAAAUAAUUCAAAAAGUUCAUAUUUCAAAAUGUAAUAGUAUUUUAGCUGAUGAGACGACUGACGUAAGUAUUUCUGAACAAUUUUCAUUUUGUGUUCGGUAUUUUGAUUCGGACACAUGCUCAAUACGGGAACAUUUUCUUGGAUUCACAAAUGUUGAACAUGUAACUGGUGAAUAUUUAGCUGACACCAUUAUACAAAUAUUAAAAGAAAAAAAUUUAGAUCUUGCUCUGCUUCGAGAACAAGGAUAUGAUGGUGCCGCGAAUAUGAGUGGUGCGUUUAAAGGAGUACAAUCUCGAAUUGCAAGUUUACAGCCUCUUGCAUUUUAUACUCACUGUGCCAACCACAGAUUAAAUUUAGUGCUCAGUAAAGCAAGCACUGUACCUUCAAUUCGCAACACAGUCGGAAUAAUAACAAAUAUUUAUAACUUCUUAAGGGAAUCUGCUUUAAGAACUCAACUUUUGAGUGAAAAAAUUACAGUACUUUUUCUACAUCAAAAAGCAGUAAAAGCUAAAAAGUUGUGUGAAACACGUUGGGUUGAAAGACAUGAUGGAAUUUUACAUUUUUUGGAAAUAUUACCAGCUAUAAUAGUUACAUUAGACGAAUUAAGCCUUAGCAACCAUACAGGAAGCAAUGCACAAUCUCUAUCUGCAGCUAUUUGUAAAUUUGAAUUUUUGAUUUCCUUAAAAAUAUUAACGAAAUUUUUAGCCAUAACACUUCCACUUUCAAUGCUGUUACAGAAAACAAGAAUAAUUGCAGUAAAAAUGGACGUUGAUAUAAGGAUUCCAAGAGUAACAAAAAAACAAUGUCAUCGUGCAAACGCUCAGCCCGAAUCAACUGAUUUAUCUGAAUUCUACCACGUUAACUAUUUUCUACCUUAUUUGGAUUAUCUUAUGUCAGAACUAAAUUCACGUUUUAAUGAAAAUAAUGAUUCAGUUAUUACUAAUUUAAAACUUCAAUUCGACCUAUGA